CACAUCGCGCUCUCGAAAGCUGAUUGAAAAUAAAUUCACCUGAGAUUUAGUUAGUUAUUUUAUUGGUUUUAUUUUACAGGAUCUUUCAACUAAUUGAGACAAAAAUUACGACCAGUGUGCCAAAAAUCAGAGUCAGCUACAGCUCUGCUUGUGGGCUACAGCUGGAGAAUGCAGGCAGGAGGGGUGGAGUUCACUGCAUUUACUUUUCAAAGCGCCUCCGUCUCAGACAGAAGAAGCUCAUUCUGCGGAGUUUGAACUGAUAGGUCCUGGCAUUUGAUCCGUCCCACCUUGCUUCAAAUCAGUCGCCUCCCUGCCGCUGUUACUGCUGUCUCAGUUAAACUUUCCAUGCUGUUGACCGUCCAGCGGACCGCAUCCAGGAGGUUUGUCUGGACCGCGCUCGCUCCUGCUCGCUCGGCUGCCGCGCUCCGGUUCUCCGUCCUCGGCUCUCCAGGUCCAGCAGGACUCACUCACACGGCCACAGGAACUGGCCCGGGUCUCCCACACGCAUGGAGGGGGACGUUAUGGACAAGGUGGAGGCCACGGCAACGGUCUGUGACUUCGACCCCAUGAGUGGAAGCAUCCCUGCCACCAAAGUGGAGAUCACCGUGUCCUGCAGGAAUCUUUUGGACAGAGACACCUUCUCCAAAUCUGACCCAUUGGUUGUGUUGUACACCCAGGGCGUGGAGUCCAAACAGUGGCGGGAGUUUGGGAGAACGGAGGUGAUAGACAACACGCUAAACCCGGAUUUUGUCAGAAAGUACAUCCUGGACUACUUCUUUGAGGAGAAGCAGAACCUGCGCUUUGACGUGUAUGAUAUUGACUCUAAGAGUCCAGAUCUGGCAAAACAUCCCAACGACUUUAACGAUUUCCUGGGACAGGUCUUCUGUACACUGGGAGAGAUUGUGGGCUCGCCUGCCAGUCGCUUAGAGAAACAACUAGUGGGCAUACCUGGGAAGACAUGCGGAACCAUAAUCUUAUCAGCUGAGGAGCUUGGAAACUGCAGAGAUUACGCCACCAUGCAGUUCUGUGCCAACAAAUUGGAUAAAAAGGACUUCUUUGGAAAGUCAGACCCCUUCAUAGUGUUCUAUAGAAGUAACGAGGAUGGCACGUUCACCAUUUGUCACAAGACCGAGGUGGUGAAGAACACCCUGAAUCCUGUGUGGGAGUCCUUUUCCAUCCCAGUCAGAGGACUCUGCAAUGGGGACUAUGACAGGACAAUCAAGGUGGAGGUGUUUGACUGGGACAGAGAUGGGAGUCACGAUUUCAUUGGUGAAUUCAUCACAAGCUACAAAGAGCUAUGCAGAGGCCAGAGCCAGUUAAAUGUGUAUGAGGUGGUGAAUCCAAAGAAGAAACUAAAGAAAAAGAGAUACAUCAACUCUGGCACGGUGUCAUUAUUAUCAUUCAAUGUAGAGUCUGAGCACACAUUCUUGGAUUACAUCAAAGGAGGAACUCAGAUUCACUUCACAGUGGCCAUUGAUUUCACUGCAUCAAACGGAAAUCCUUCGCAGUCCACCUCACUACACUACAUGAACCCUUAUCAGAUGAAUGCCUAUGCCAUGGCUCUGAAGGCUGUGGGAGAGAUUAUUCAGGACUAUGACAGUGAUAAGAUGUUCCCUGCACUGGGAUUUGGUGCUAAGCUCCCACCUGACGGGAGAGUGUCUCAUGAAUUUCCACUGAAUGGCAACAUUGAGAACCCGUACUGUAACGGUAUCGAGGGGAUUCUUGAAGCUUACCAUCAAAGCCUUAAGACGGUUCAGCUGUAUGGACCCACCAACUUCGCUCCUGUUGUUAAUCAUGUGGCAAGGUACGCAGCGGCUGUGCAGGAUGGAUCUCAGUACUUUGUUCUACUCAUCAUUACAGACGGAGUAAUAUCAGACAUGGCUCAGACCAAGGAGGCCAUAGUGAAUGCUGCAAAACUCCCGAUGUCUAUCAUCAUUGUUGGAGUUGGUCAAGCUGAGUUUGAUGCAAUGGUUGAGCUGGAUGGUGAUGAUGUCAGAAUUUCAUCACGGGGGAAGUUGGCAGAGAGAGAUAUCGUGCAGUUUGUACCAUUUAGAGACUACAUGGACCGUACAGGUAACCACGUUCUCAGCAUGGCACGGCUGGCCAAAGACGUUCUGGCUGAGAUCCCUGACCAGCUGAUCUCCUACAUGAAGAGCAGAGCCAUCAAACCCAACUCUGUCCCCCCAGCUUACUCAUCCUGCGUGCAGCCUGAGACUGAGUCUGUUUGAUCCCCGCCUCCCAAGCACCACUGCCCUGGAUGGAGCAGGUUAUAGAUUAAUGCAAGAAACAAUAGUGGAAAGUGGAAAUGCUUUGGGGGCACUUUUACCCCAGUGAAACACACAAUAAAACUCCAUGAUGAGUUGGAGUAGUGAGACAGCUGUAGAGGAACUUGUUGAUAAUCAGAGUGUUUUUUUUUUUUGCUCUGAGAGCACUGAGAAGAGAGCGGUGUAAAGAGAAGCUUUAGAUGUUUGCUGUCAAACUUGUCAAAGUGGAUAUGUAACGGAAAGUGAACCUCUAGAGAGAGGCCUUUUUGAAGGGGUACAUAUAUUAGGAUGUGCCAGUUUGUAUUAUGUCCGUAAUACCUUUUUGAAGUUUGUGUGUUAAUCUAGGAACCCCUUAUGAAUACCAUUUUUUAUUUAAUUACUUAUUUAUUGUAGAAAUAAUUUAUUGCUUUCAGAAGAUUUUAUUGGGUGGGGAUUGAAGUCAUUUAGAAGCAUAUACCCUGUAGUUUUCCAUCUUAUAUUUUGUGACCAGUGUGAAGAAAAUAAUCCCCCAUUUCUACUUUGGUAAAGACUGUAACAUAGAAGCAUGUGAUAAAAUCUAUCUAACAUUGUAGGAAUCAUUUUCACUCAUGGGAAAUUUUUUGAUUGCAAGCUGUAACAUAGUCUACUGCCAUGCAGAGUUUUCAUGACUUAUAUGUAUUUCUAAUCUUUAUAUUAACAGAAUGCACUAAUUACUGUCAAAACAAAAGCACAAAGUCCUUAUAUUAUUAAACUACAUACUAUUAUUUUGAAAAAUACAGCCAGAAUGAAAAUCUUGGAAAGGAUGACAGAUUACAUUUUAACACAGCUUUAAUACUCUCUUCUAAUAUUUUAGACAAAAUUAUUAUUUAGGAUAUAUUAUACAGAAUAUACCUAUAUAUUAAACUAUAUUUUACUUACCAUAAUGAGCAGGAUGUUUAUAUGAAAUAACUACAUAAAUUCUAGCACAUCCUCAUUUUGGCUAUCUGUAUGCAAAGAAGUAAAUUGUACAUGAAUGAGACUCUUUUGCCAUUUCUCUGUUUGUGUUUCUCAACAUUAUAUUUGUUGUUGUUGUACCUAAUUAUCUGGCAUUUUGUUUGGCACAUUUGAAGGAUCCUACUUUUGAAACUCUGUUGUCAACUUGCUCCCAUCAUUUCUACCUUAAAUGUAUUUAAAUUUUCUUGAGGGUGGUUUGAACAAUCAGAAAUACUUUACCAGAAAUAAUUGGGCUAUAAUUGCGUGCAUGUGUAAGCUUUUUUUUGCUUGUUUGUUUUCCAUUUAUCUACCAAAAACUGGCAUAGUAAAACUGAACAGUUUGAGUGAAGCUGAAGCUUAACUGUAUUUAAUCUGGGUCCAUUGUUUUGUUUUUGCUAUUGUGUAUGCCUCCAUAUGUAUUUUGUUUUCUGUAUGCAUUUUUUCCAACUACCAUUGAUACCAUUUAGAGCUUACACUGUUUAGACAAACUGUAUCUCAUUGUGAUUAAAGCUCAUACACCUCCCUUGAAACUUAUCUAUUCCCCUUUUUGGCUAUGUAAAAAGACUGUAAGAAGCAUAAAUUAAUCUUUCAGCACAGCAGCAUGAUCUCACACUGAAGAUUUUUGAAAAAUCCAGCCUUUAACCACAAAUGUUAUUAUUUUGAAGGUUGAGCAAAUAGCUUUGAGAACAUAGUGUAUGUUUUCUGUAGGAUUUAGGUCUGGCGACCGAGAAGGCUGAUUGAACUUUACUGUAUCCAGUAAAGCCUGUCUGUGUUAAUUUGGCCAUAUGUUUUGGAUUAUUAUCCUGCCUAAAACACCUGUAAGGAAAAUCUCCUUAUUGCCAUUCUUUGAAAGAUAAACAAGCCCUUAGCAUGACAAUUCCUCCACCAUACUCAAAUGUAGGCAUGAGCUCCUUUUCCACACAUUUGUCCAUUAUUUACAUGAAACCAACCUGUAGUGUUUGUUGCCAAAAAACUCAAUAUUAGUCUCACCUGACCAAAGCACGCAGUUCCGCAGGUCCGAGGACAUUUUAGUAAACUCUACAUCUACUUAGCAGCUCCAAGAUGCUAUUCCUUACUAAAAUUAAAGUUUGGAUAUUUUUAAUUUUUCUUACCAUUACCUUCACUGUGCGUACCGGCAAAAAAAAAACUGUAAUCUUCCUCUAGACUGUUAAUUGUGGCUCUGUCAGUGAAUAUUGGCAAACUUAGGCACUUUAUUGAAUUAUGAAAACUUUUGGAAAAAAGAUGAUGAAUUUGUAAAGCAUAAAUAAAAUGAAAAGUCACAUUUACUGUAUUUUAUAGAAAAUGUCAGUGUUUCCUGUAGCAGCACUGUUUUUUUUAAACCAGUAGCUUCUUAAAGUUGGUGUUUUAACCCACUGAAUAAAUGUAUAAAAUUAAAUGUUGGAUUUUUCUACAUUACUUAGCGUGGGAAUAUGCUAAUGCAGCAAAAGAUUAAUUCAUGUAAGACUUUUUUAUCAUCUUUCCAGGGGAGCCAUUGAUAAAAGUUCAAAUUUUGUUGUGCAAUUAAAAUUUUGGAUAGUUGCUGAUACAUCCUUGUUCAUGGCACCAUCUUUUGGAAGAAGCAAAUAGAACAUCAUUUCACUGUUCACUUUCUCACUGUCACUCAAUAUCUCGACCCAGAUGUGCCUACUGUAUUAAAAACAUAUCCAAAUUCAGUUUACCCAGGUGUUCUACAGGUAUACAUUAAGAUUGGGACUGUUCACUAAUGAUGUUGCUAAGCCUUGUUGUACACUUUUUAAAACCAUGACUUGUUUACAAUUUAACUGUUGCUAUUUGCAUCAUUCACCUUUUGGAUAAAGACAGCACUAAUGGGUUUCAUUAAGAUAUUUAUGUUUUCAGUUUGCUGUUAUUUAUUUAUUUAUUUAUUUUUUGGUCUUGUUUCUAUUUAAAGUAUUAUUGAAUGACAGUGGAGAACCGAUGUUUACAAAAAAUGCGAGUCUAGUUUUUUUUUUAUGCUUACGUAAUGAUUUUUCUUUGUCAUUUCCUGUUCUGUAACUCCUGCUACAUUAAGUGCUCUCUGCGAACUGAAAGAGUCUGAUGAGUCUGCAGAAACUGAGUCCAGAGGCACUAAGCUCCUUAUGGUUAGGGUUAACCCAAAACCUCACUUAUCUUUUUUCUAAAUUGUUCUGCAGUGAUUACAUUUUUCUCUCAGAAGAAAAGGCAGAGUUUAAUCUGCGUGUAAAGUAACUGCUUCAUCUGACCUCAAACAAGGCAAUUAGGUUACAUUACAGCUAUAAAUACCAGUAUAACUCUACAGAAAGCAAUUUAGUUCAAAAUAAAACAGCUGAUAUAUACUGUACUUCUGAAAUAAAAUGCAUCAUCAUCAUGGUUUAACAGUUUAAAUUUUGAUGGGUUAUUUGCAUAAAUUAGAAGUCAGACUUCUAAUUUCUUAUAAAGCGAAGAAUUUAGCAGCAGGAAGCGGGAAGCAUUAAUAUGAAGGUCAUAGCCUGUGACAAUAAAAUAACAUUGGAAGUAGAGGUGGUGCACUUUUCAGAUGGAAUUAAUGUAGUUAUUAUGACAACAAAUCAGUUGAACAAGGAUUAAAUGCUUUUUAUGAGCACAUCUAAGAAUAUGAUUAGGUUUUUUUCUUUUCCCUGAGGCCUAUAACAUCCUCACAGGGAUAUCAGAAAAACUGCAAUGGAUAAGGUGAUUACUCUUAUGCAAUUGUGAAAUAUUAGCAGUUCUGAGUUAUGUUUUUCAGCAGCAUAGCAGUUUAUUUUCUUUAGUGGAAUUCGAUUUGUUUGUAAUUUCUUUUUAGCUAGUCUUUGAGGCUGAACUCUAAUUAUGUACAUAAGCCCUGUAUGAGGAAUGUGCAGUGCCAACAUGUGUUCAGCUGUUGAACCUUAGCCUCUGUAGACAAUGUGCAUGUUUGUGCCAAAGUGGCAGGAAGUUUGGUGGUUAAUCUUCCUUUCACCUGAUUUUUGCAUCACCCACUGGAUUUAUUUGUGACAUAGGGUGCCGUUCGGAGAUAAUGGCCUCUUCUAGCAUGUUGCAUCUAUGCUUUCUCUCCAUUCUGGUCCUAUCAUACACCAACUGAAUGGGUUCUUCUUGCCACUGCUCCUGUUUUAACCCAGGUUGUUUACAUACCUCUUUCGAUCUAUGACUUGCAUGCUAAAAAAAGAAUUUCCAAACCAGGAGUUGAACACAAUUCUGUCGUCAUAUUGUGGUUUGUGAAAUGCUUUGUAAUGGAUUGCCUUAACUGAAGACUAAUAAACAAUUGAUAACUUUG